GUGGUGACGUGUGGCGUCUGGGAGCUGUCCCAGGAAUCAUGGUGCUGAAGCUGCAGCACAAAUUCAGCAGCCAAUGAUCACAGGAGAAUCCGGGGAUACGGAUGCUUUCACCCAGAGCAGGACAGUCCGACAAUCGUGUUGGAUUUUAACGGAGGGAUUUAAACCCAUCGGCUUGUUCCUCGGACAUGGAAAUUCGAUAAUUGGGGAUGUAAGCUUCACGCAGACUUGUCAGCGACCUGCAGUCUGGCAGGAGCUCUAUGAGAAAAAAAAAAUCCCGAAACUGUGAGUCGUAGAGAAAUCGGGGUAGCUCGCCAGCUGUUCCAUUUAUUGAACUUAAUGGCUUCAGACACUUGUUUGCAUCGAUGGGAUUUGUUUGCCUUUUGGAUUUACAUUCUCGUGGGAAGACAAUAAAGGACUUUGAAUUUCAAUAUACCAAUAUCAACAUAGAAAACUAAAAGGCUGCUUUCUAACCUCCCCAACAAACGCAGGAAAAAACGCACCCCCACUAUCCCAUCCCACGGCAUAUGAAGAAGUGUUUGCUCAUGACGGGGACACAUACAGUACAUGCUGUUUUCUUCCAGCACCUUUGUAUGGUGCUGUGAGUUUGUGGCCGGAUACAGCCUAAUGCUGCGCAGCCAGGGCAUGCUGAAGAGCCGCUGUUGCGUCCUGCUCGGUGACCUGAGGGUGCUCCUUCUCGGGCCACCGGCACCGCCGACACCGCUGCCUCCGCUGACCCCCAUGAGCGUCCAAGGCACGGAAAGCCAUGAAACAGGCGUCACCGUCCCCGACAACAACAACACGUUAACGCGGAGCCACCAGCAGCACGCAGGGGACCGGGUUGCCCCAUCUGCAGCAGGAGCCACCGGGCCACCGGGCGGAGAGCGACCGGGCUGGGUUGAUGCUGCAGAGCUGUCGGCGGCCCUGCGCGGCUGCAGCAGCUCUUCUGAUGACUGCUCAAAGGGCAAACUGGAGGAGAGGUUCUCCCUCACCAGCUACACGGAAAGUGGCUUCAGGACUCCCGUGUGCAGGAUCUGCUUCCAGGGACCAGAGCACGGGGAGCUCCUGAGCCCAUGCCGGUGCAGUGGGUCAGUACGCUGCACCCACCAUCCCUGCCUCAUCAAAUGGAUCAGCGAGAGAGGCUCCUGGGCCUGUGAACUCUGCUACUACAAAUAUCAGGUCAUUGCCAUCAGCACCAAGAACCCAUUACAGUGGCAGGCCAUCUCCUUGACAGUGAUAGAGAAAGUGCAGAUAGCAGCAGCCAUCUUGGGCUCCCUGUUCCUGAUGGCGAGCAUCUCCUGGCUGGUGUGGUCGUCUUUCAGCCCGUCAGCCCGCUGGCAGCGACAAGACCUGCUUUUCCAGAUCUGCUACGGAAUGUACGGCUUUAUGGAUAUCGUCUGCAUCGCACUAAUUGUCCACGAGGGACCUUCUGUGUUUCGCAUCUUCCACCGCUGGCAGGCCGUGAACCAGCAGUGGAAAGUCCUGAACUAUGAUAAGUCUAUGGACAGUGAUGACCUGAAGAAUGCCACUGUGGACAGGACUCUGUCUCAGCCCAGCCCGGUCUACCAGACUGGGGUAGGGGUGUCCACCUCCACCUCCUCGCUCAUGGUGGUAGCCUCCACAGCCGACGGCUCCACCUCUACAACCAUGGUGACGGCUGCGGGAGGACUGGGAACACAUGUGGACCCCAACAGCGGCAGCACAGUGCCAGACCAACACUGUCCCUACAACAUCCUCCACCUCCUCAGCCACCUCAGGCAGCCGGAGGCCCGCAGCCAACCCAGCAAUAGCACACGAGAGCUGGUCAUGAGAGUCACUACAGUCUGAGGAGUCAGUUGAGGCCUUAUCUCACACGGAGGUGAAAGAUUUAUGAACCAGCUGACAGUUGAAAAAAAAAAAGUCAUAUCUUAACUGCACUGGAUUAAUACCAUGUUCUUGUUUGUUUCAAAAUGCAUCUCUGAUGUCCUUACAUGGAUUGAAUAAAAGUCGAAGUUGUUUGAUUUGCAGAA